AUGGAUUUGAGAGCUUUGAAAUAUGUCCUUGGUGUUAAGAUUGCCAGGGGGCCACAGGGAAUUUUUAUGAGUCAAAGGAAGUAUGCAUUGGAUAUCAUUGCGGAGGCAGGGUUACUUGGGGCGAAACCUGUAGAGUUUCCUAUGGUGCAGCACCAUCAGCUGGCUGUGGCAGAGGGUCCUAUGUUUGAUGAUCCGGAGAAAUAUCGUAGAUUGAUGGGCAGAUUGAUAUAUCUUGCUGUUACGAGACCUGAUCUGGCAUAUUAUGUUCACAUUUUAUCACAGUUUAUGCAGGUGCCUAAGGUGGUUCAUUGGGAGGCCGCGUUACGCGUAGUUCGAUAUUUGAAGAAAAAUCCUGGACAGGGCAUAUUAUUUCGUUUUGACAGUGAUCUCCGCCUGGAGGGAUGGUGUGAUUCGGAUUGGGGUAGGUGUCCUCUUACUAGGAGAUCUGUGAGUGGGUGGUUUGUAUUGUUGGGAUAUUCUCCUAUUUCCUGGAAGACUAAGAAGCAGCCUACAGUUUAUCGAUCAUCUGCAGAGGCAGAAUAUCGUUCGAUGGCUGCUAUUGUGUGUGAAUUAAAGUGGUUGAAGCAGUUAUUAGGUGAUCUUGGAAUUCAACAUCCUGCAUGA